CACUUCAAUUUGCGUUCCCCUAUCUUUCUUCUUUGUCGUCCCAUGGGAAUCCUCAUCCUCUGUGUCUUCCUUUUUCCUCAUCUUUCAUUCUCGCUUUAUAUCCCGUGACAUCUUUAUUAAUCCCCAAUAAUUCGUUGUCGCCUGCCUUCUUUUCCAGCCUCUCUUCCUUUGCUUUGGCGUGCUUGUCUCCAACACCUUCCCGUUGUGGGAAGUUUCCUGCCGGCUGCCGGUUGAUGCAAAGUCUGUAUAUUCUACUUGUGGUGCUGCCCUUCUCACAGGCUUGCUGUUUCUGCCAUGGAGUUCCCAAAACCAGAGGAGAUAACUCAUGCUCCCAUGGAGCAACUGCAGGGUCUUGAGUAUUGCAUUGACUCAAACCCAAGAUGGGGGCAGGCUAUUGGCUUGGGCUUCCAACACUAUAUUUUGGCUUUGGGUUCAACGGUGAUGAUCCCAUCCUUGUUGGUGCCUCUGAUGGGUGGAUCUGACGAUGACAAGGUGAGGGUGGUUCAAACACUGUUGUUCAUGACUGGGAUCAAUACACUCCUUCAGACAUUGUUCGGCACCCGCCUGCCCACUGUAGUUGGGGGCUCCUAUGCCUUCAUAAUCCCGAUUGUCUCCAUAAUUCGUGACUCCUCCUUGAUGGAAAUCUAUGAUAACCAUGAGAGAUUUGUUCAAACGAUGAGGGCAAUCCAAGGAGCUCUUAUUGUCUCAUCAAGCGUGCAGAUAAUCCUUGGGUACAGCCAAUUAUGGGGGAUAUGCUCCAGGUUUUUCAGCCCUCUUGGCAUGGUUCCGGUGAUCUCUCUUGUGGGACUUGGCCUUUUCAAUAGAGGCUUCCCUGUGGUGGGGAAAUGUGCAGAAAUCGGUGUUCCAAUGCUUAUUGUGUUCAUAGCUUUUUCACAGUAUAUGAAGCAUAUCCGCGCGUGGAGGUUCCCCAUCUUCGAACGCUUCGCCCUCCUCAUCUCGGUGCCCAUCGUUUGGAUCUACGCCUACAUCCUCACCGUCGGCGGCGCUUACAACCACCGCCCCGACAGAACCCAGCUCCACUGCCGCGCCGACCGCGCCAACCUCAUCUCCUCCGCCCCUUGGAUAAGGCUGCCGUUCCCGCUCCAAUGGGGUCCGCCGACCUUCGGUGCCGGCCACUGCUUUGGAAUGAUGGCCGCCGCGCUGGUGUCCCUUGUGGAGUCGACUGGGGCCUACAAGGCAGCAGCUAGGCUCGCGAGCGCCACACCGCCUCCUCCCCACGUUCUCAGCCGCGGCAUCGGGUGGCAGGGAAUUGGGCUUCUGCUUGACGGCCUGUUUGGAACGGGAACUGGCUCUACGGUCUCCGUUGAAAAUGUAGGUCUACUGGGAACUACACGAGUUGGCAGCCGUAGAGUGGUGCAGAUUUCAGCAGGAUUUAUGAUCUUUUUCUCAAUUUUAGGAAAGUUCGGUGCUCUUUUUGCCUCCAUACCUUUCACUAUAUUUGCUGCUCUCUACUGUGUCCUGUUCGGGCUUGUCGCAUCUGUAGGCCUUUCCUUCCUGCAAUUCACGAAUAUGAACUCAAUGAGAAGCCUCUUCAUAACUGGUGUUUCAUUGUUCCUUGGACUCUCUGUGCCUGAGUAUUUUAACCAGUUCACAAUUUCAGCUCAUCAUGGCCCUGCUCACUCCAAUUCUGGAUGGUUCAAUGACAUCAUCAACACCACAUUUUCUUCGCCGGCGACGGUGGCGUUGAUCGUCGCCGUUUUCCUGGACAACACUCUGGAGUACAAAGAUGCAGCUCGAGAUAGAGGGAUCCCGUGGUGGCUCAAGUUCCGGACUUUCAAGGGCGACAGCAGAAACGAAGAGUUCUACACAUUGCCCUUCAAUCUCAACCGCUUCUUCCCUCCAUCAUAAAUCUUCUCUUUUCAACAGUAGAAGGAAAUGUCUCAGAGAAGAAAAGGAAAAGCCCAAAGAUUAUUCAUCAAUGGUUCUUUGUAACGUGGGGAAUGAUGCCUCCAUAUGCAUGAUGUAUUUAUGUAUAUAUGAGUUCCUCGGUGAGUUGUUUGUUAAUUUUAGGUGAAUUUGUAUUGGAUUUUGCGGACAUUACACAGCUGCAACAUUCUCCCAUCUCUUCUCGCUUGGGGUGCUGGAAUGGAAACUACUCUUGUUGAUGAGCA